GAUAGUGCAGGCUUCCAAGCUUUAUAAACUCCAGAAAAUACUUCCCAUAGUACACUUCCACCUACCAUCUUUCCCCCCUUCUCUUCUCUCUCUAAAUGGGUUCACGCGGUGAACAUAGCAUGGCAGCUGAACAACAGCUACAGAAUGCCCAUGUGGAGGACGAAGAAGGUAAUCCAAGGGCCCUUGUUCUAGCACAGCCACUCUCAAUAAUGGCUGAAGAUGGAGAAGAAACAUCUCUUCCCAUUUCAGCCCAUCCGCCGCUGAUGUUUUCCUUCAACGAGCGUAUCCGCCCUCUGCUCGACGCGGUCGACAAGCUGCGCCACCUCAAAGUGGCCCAAGAAGGCAUCCAGCUCCCAACCAUAGUUGUGGUUGGCGACCAAUCAUCCGGAAAAUCAAGUGUGCUGGAGUCCCUAGCCGGCAUAAGUCUCCCCCGCGGCCAAGGCAUUUGCACCAGGGUUCCCCUGAUCAUGAGGCUUCAACACCACCAAAAUCCUCAACCGGAGCUCCACCUGGAGUACCAUGGCAAAAUAGUCCCAACCGGCGAAACCAACGUCGCGGAAGCCAUUGUUUUGGCCACUGAUGAGAUUGCAGGCAACGGGAAGGGAAUAUCGCACACCCCAUUGACUCUGGUGGUCAAAAAGAGAGGUGUUCCGGAUCUUACUAUGGUGGAUCUCCCUGGGAUCACUAGGGUGCCUGUUCAUGGCCAACCUGAGGACAUAUAUGAGCAGAUCUCAGAGAUUAUAAUGGAGUACAUCAAACCAGAAGAGAGCAUAAUACUGAAUGUUUUGUCUGCCACUGUUGAUUUCCCUACAUGUGAAUCAAUAAGGAUGUCUCAGCGUGUCGACAAGUCCGGUGAGAGGACUCUUGCUGUGGUUACCAAAGCCGAUAAAGCUCCUGAAGGUUUGCUUGAGAAGGUUACUGCUGAUGAUGUUAACAUUGGGCUCGGUUACGUAUGCGUGAGGAACCGGAUUGGGGAAGAGUCCUAUGAGGAAGCCCGCGAGGAAGAAGCCCAUCUGUUUCAAAGUCAUCCUUUGCUGUCCAAAAUUGACAAGUCCAUAGUUGGGGUUCCAGUUCUUGCUCAGAAGCUGGUGCAUAUACAGGCUAUAAUUAUCUCCAAAUGUUUGCCGGAGAUUGUGCGGAAGAUAAACGACAAGCUGAAUUCCUGCGUGUCGGAGUUGAACAAAAUGCCACAGCAUCUAUCUUCAGUUGGUGAAGCAAUGACCGUUUUUAUGAGGAUCAUUGGGUUUUCGAAAGAGUCUCUGAGGAAAAUCCUCCUCAGAGGCGAGUUUGAUGAAUACCCAGAAGACAGAAGAAUGCAUUGCACUGCUCGGUUGGUUGAAAUGCUGAACCAAUACGCCGGUGAGCUUCAAAAGAGUGCAGAAAAUAAGUUGACGGAGAACUUUCUUAUGGAUGAGAUGAGGGUCCUAGAUGAAGCUAAAGGAAUUGGGCUACCCAACUUCCUCCCUCGCACUGCCUUCCUUGUAAUUCUCCAGAAAAAGGUCAAGGAGAUAUCCAAAACACCUGUUGAUUUCAUGGCGAAAGUGUGGGACUACAUCGAAACGGUGCUCAUUACUGUUUUCAUGAACCAUUGCGAAAAUUACCCUCAACUCCAAUCGGCUAUGAGGAGGGCGACCCAUAAUCUUGUAGCAAAGAUAAAAGAUGAAUCUUUUGAUAGAGUGAUGGAGAUUGUAGAGAUGGAGAAGCUUGCGGAUUAUACUUGUAGUCCGGAGUACAUGUCAGACUGGGGUAAGCUAAUGGCUCAACAGAAUUUGUUCAUGGAGGUCAUGAAUGAUUACUCCAAACCAACAAGGAUAAUGAUUGAAGGUUUCGGGGAGAUAGAGGUUGGGCAUCUUCGGGGUCAUUCAGAUGUUAGAGAGCAGGCAUUUGACAUGAAAAUGAGGAUCACUGCAUAUUGGAAGGUUGUCCUGAAAAGGUUGGUCGAUAGCAUGGCUCUGCACUUGCUGCUACGCGUUCGGAACUUGGUUGACCAAGACAUGGAAGCAGAGAUUGUGAAUGAGCUUAUGGGAUCUCCAAUGGGUGGUCCAGGUGCAAUACAAAGGAUGCUUGAAGAAUCUCCAUCUGCUGCAAAAAAGCGUGAGAGGCUGAACAAGAGUAUCAAGUUGCUUAAGGAAUCUAAGGAGGUUGUGGCUCAGAUCAUCGAUAGGAUCACUGUCGAUUAAAGCUAAAACUCCCUUUCUUACUCUUCUUUCUUGACUGUGUUUGGGUUGUGUCGUUUGGUUUAUGACGUCGGUCAGUUUGUGUUACUUUUUUUUUUCUUGUUGGCUUUUCACGCUUAUGUUUGUCGUUAUGUCUGUCAUUUUGUGUCGUUUGCACUAGGUGUUCGGUGUUCGGUGUUCCUGUUUCCCAAGCUGUCUACGAUCUAUAAAAAAGACUUAUCAUGAAUAUUACUAUGAACGCCUUUUGUGUAUUA